AUGGACUCAUACCUGAUCCAAGUGAAUGGCCAUGGAGAUCGCUCCCCUAUGCUGGAUGUUCAUCUCAAGACCAAUGGGAACAGCAUAUCACUGGGGAAGGUGAAGGGCCGGAAGCCAAGAUGGGCUGUCAGAGCUUCUGAAAUGUCAAAGAAGACUUUCAACCCUGUCCGAGCCAUUGUAGACAGCAUGAAGGUGGAGCCCAACCCAAAGAAAGCUAUGAUCUCCUUGUCCUUAGGAGACCCGACGGUCUUUGGAAACCUUCCCACAAAUGAUGAGGUCACACGGGCUAUGAAGGAGGCUUUGGACUCAGGACGUUACAAUGGUUAUGCCCCAUCUGUUGGCUACCAGUCCUGCCGGGAGGCAGUGGCCGCGUACUACAGCUGCCCGCAGGCACCGCUGGAGGCCCAGGAUGUCAUCCUAACGAGUGGCUGCAGCCAGGCGAUAGAGCUUGCCCUAGCAGUGCUGGCCAACCCAGGCCAGAACAUCCUGGUGCCACGGCCUGGCUUCUCCCUCUACAAGACUCUGGCAUUGUCUAUGGGGAUUGAGGUCAAACUCUACAACCUCUUGCCAGAGAAGGCUUGGGAAAUUGAUUUGGAGCACUUGGAGUCUCUGGUGGAUGAGAAGACAGCUUGCCUCAUCGUGAACAACCCAUCGAACCCCUGUGGCUCUGUGUUCAGCAAGAGCCACCUCCAGAAGAUCCUGGCAGUGGCGUCAAGACAGUGUGUGCCCAUCCUUGCUGACGAGAUUUAUGGAGACAUGGUGUUUGCUGACUGCAAAUAUGAACCUAUAGCAACUCUCAGCACCAACGUGCCAAUCUUGUCCUGUGGUGGCUUGGCAAAACGAUGGCUAGUCCCUGGCUGGCGGAUGGGCUGGAUCCUAAUUCAUGACAGGAGAGACAUCUUUGGUAAUGAGAUCAGGGAUGGCCUACUAAGACUGAGUCAAAGGAUUCUGGGUCCCUGUACAAUUGUCCAAGGAGCGCUGGAACGUAUCUUACACCGAACACCCCCUGAGUUCUACCACAAUACCCUCAGCAUCCUCAAGUCCAAUGCUGACCUUUGCUAUGCUGCCUUAUCAGCUAUCCCUGGCCUCCAGCCUGUCAGGCCUGCCGGAGCCAUGUACCUCAUGGUUGAGAUUGAGAUGGAACACUUCCCUGAGUUUGAAAAUGAUGUGGAGUUCACUGAGCGACUCAUAUCGGAGCAGUCUGUGUUCUGCUUGCCAGCCACGUGCUUUGAGUACCCAAACUUCUUCCGAGUGGUGAUCACUGUGCCUGAGGAGAUGAUCUUGGAGGCCUGCAGUCGGAUUCAGGAGUUCUGUGAGAUGCACUACCAGGGUGCUGAGGGGGCCCAGGAUCUGGAGUGUGACAAGUAG